GGUUUUUAGUGUUGAAACCGCAGGAGCCAGCUCUCUUUCAGGCCAUAAUUGUGGCAUUUCUCCAGCUGCUUCCCAGUAGGGAAGAAAGCCUGCCUGGAGACUCUAGGCCCGCCUCUGACCCUGGGACACCCAGUGCAAAGCUGCAGGCUCCCGUGCCACGCCCACACGUUGUGGUGGGAACACAAAUUUUUAACUGGCUAUGUAGAUCAUUAACAGUGGGGGAAAAGGAGUCCAAACUCAGUUCCCCUGUGGUCACAGACAGCUGGGGCUCAGACCUCCUGAAGAAAUGCUGGGCCCUCAAAUCUGGGCCUCCAUGAGGCAGGGGCUGAGCAGGGGCUUGUCUAGGAAUGUGAAGGGGAAGAAGGUAGACAUUGCCGGCAUCUACCCACCCGUGACCACCCCAUUCACCGCCACCGCAGAGGUAGACUAUGGGAAACUGGAAGAGAACCUGAACAGACUGGGCACCUUCCCCUUUCGAGGCUUCGUGGUCCAGGGCUCUACUGGAGAGUUUCCAUUCCUGACCAGCCUUGAGCGCCUGGAGGUGGUUAGCCGCGUGCGCCAGGCCAUACCCAAGGACAAGCUCCUGAUAGCCGGCUCUGGCUGCGAGUCCACGCAAGCCACGGUAGAGAUGACUGUCAGCAUGGCUCAGGUGGGUGCCGAUGCCGCCAUGGUGGUGACCCCUUGUUACUAUCGCGGCCGCAUGAGCAGCGCUGCCCUCAUUCACCACUACACCAAGGUUGCUGAUCUUUCUCCAAUCCCUGUGGUGUUGUACAGUGUCCCAGCCAACACAGGGCUAGAACUGCCUAUGGAUGCCGUGGUUACAUUGUCUCAGCACCCGAAUAUCAUUGGCUUGAAGGACAGUGGCGGAGAUGUGACCAGGAUUGGGCUCAUUGUUCACAAGACCAGCAAGCAGGAUUUCCAGGUGUUGGCUGGGUCAGUUGGCUUCCUCCUGGCCAGCUAUGCUGUGGGAGCUGUUGGGGGCAUAUGUGGCCUGGCCAAUGUGUUGGGGGCCCAGGUGUGCCAGCUGGAGAGACUCUGCCUCACAGGGCAGUGGGAGGCUGCCCAGAAACUACAGCACCGCCUCAUCGAGCCCAACACUGCGGUGACCCGGCGCUUCGGGAUACCAGGGCUGAAGAAAACCAUGGACUGGUUUGGCUACUACGGAGGUCCCUGCCGUGCCCCCUUGCAGGCGCUGAGCCCCACAGAGGAGGAGGCACUGCGCUUGGAUUUCAGCAACAACGGCUGGCUUUAAUGACAAGCAGGAGACACCUGGCCUAAGCUGUCUGGGACUCCUGUUCCCACAGCCUGAGGAGGAGCAGGGCAUUAGGAAUUAGGGAUUAUUUUUGUCUGUAUUCUAUUGCUGUGAAGAGACACUGUGACCAUGGCAAUUCAUAAAAGAAAACGUUUAAUGGUGGCUGGCUUACAGCUUCAGAGGUUCAGUCCAUUACCAUCAGGGCAGGGAGCAUGGCAGCGUACAGGCAGACAUGGCGUUAAAGAAGUAGCAGAGAGUUCUACAUCUAGAUCUUCAGGAAGCAGGAAGAGAAAGCUACUAGGCCUUGCUUGGAGUUUAGAAAACCUCAAAGCCCACCUCCAAUCACACUGUCUCCAAUAAGGCCACACUUCCUAAUUCUUUCAAAGAGUGCCACGCCCUAAGCAUUUAUGUAUGUUAGCCUGAGAGCGGGGAUUCUUACUCAAACCACCACAAUCUACCCCCUGGCCCCAAAGCUUGUAACCAUAUUAUAAUGCAAAAUGCAUUUAGUCCAACUUCAAAAGUUUUCAUAGUCUAUCACAGUCUCAAGACUGCUUAAAAGUCCAAAGUUCUAAGUCUCUUCUGAGGCUCAUUGUAAAAUCCAAAAAACAAAAAAACAAAAAAAACAAAAAACAGAUCAGAUACUUCCAACAUAUUAUGUCACAGAAUAUACUUUGGCUAUGCCAAAGGGGAGAAAUGAAAACAAAGAAAAUACUGGACCAAAACAAGCCUUAAAACAAGCUGGGCAAGCUUCAAACUCUGCAUUUCCACGACUGAUGCCAAAGCGUUCUUCAGAUCUCCAACUCCUUUCAGCUUUGUUGACUGCAGCACACUUCUUUCUCUUGGUCUGGUUCCACGCCCUGCUAGUAGGUUUCCUCAGCAGGUAUACCAUGACUCUGGCAUCUCCAGCAUCAUGGGGUUUCCAGGAUUUACUUUCGCAGCUUCAUGCAAUGGCCUCUCUGGGCCUCCAUGCAGGGACGUCCCUGACACACAUCUGGCCUCAGCACCUUUCCUUAGUCAUGGAGGGAAAGUCCAUAACCCCUUUCUUGUAUCCUUAACUGUAAAGUCUGAACCGUGUGGCCAAGCUGCCAAGUUCUGCUGCUGGAUGGGGCUGGAACUUCCCCCUCAUUCAAAUACAUUUUCUUUAGCUUUCUGUUUUUAAUGGUUUCCUUCACUGUGUAAGCUUUUUCUUAAUACUGUUUCUCAAGUUGAAAGCUUGGCUGGGUAGGGUCUUGCCCUGAGGUCACCACUCCCUUUAUUCCAUUUAACAUCAGGAUUUUCUUUAAACUUUUUUUUUUUUUUUUUUUUUUAGUAUUCUUUAAACUUUUUAUCUCCUUGGGCACUGGAUUUAAUUCCAUUACACUUCCAGGUACUCUUUUUCUCCUCAAAUUUUUAUAUUUUGUAUAUUUUACAUUUUAUAUUUCUCUUUCCCCACUUGCCCUUUCCUGCAUAAGGCUGGCCACUAAUAACAAUGUAACAAAGUCAAUAUGAGAAACCAUGAAACAAAGUCAAUAGGAGGCUGUCUUGACAUCGUCUCUGCCAAUUGUAUUAAUCCAAAACUUUUCAAUUUAGGCUUCAGCUGAUUUUGCGGGUGGGGCAAAAAAGCAGCCACAUUAUGACAAAAUAAUCACAGAACAGUUGUUUCUAGGCCACUUAAUACUCUUUUCUUCUGAAACCUCGUUGAGUGUGGCCAUCACGUUAUAUGUUGCCCUCAGCACCACUGUCUUCCAUGCCCUUACUAGGAUGACCCAUUACACCCCACUGAAAGUGUUCGGCUGCUUUCCUAAUCCUAAGUACCAAAGUCCACAUUCUGCAAACAAGAAGCAGAGUCAGGCCUGUUACAGCAAUGCCCUGCUCCCUAGUACCAAUGUCUGUCUUAGAGUUCUUCUAUUGCUCCGAACAACUCUUAUAAGGGAAACUCAGAGCAACUUUCCUUAGUCAUGGAGGGAGAGUCCACAACCCCCUUGUAUUCUUAACUCUAAAGUCAGAACCAUGUGGCCACAACAACUCUUCUAAGGGAAAACAUUGAACUGGAACUUGCAGUUUCAGAGGGUUAGUUCAUUAUGGUCUUGGUGGGAAGCAUGGCAGCACUCGGGCAGACAUGAUGCUGGAGAAGUAGCAGAGAGUUCCGGAUCUGGAGGAAGCAGGACAAGAAAGCCACUGGGUCUGGCUUGAGCUUCUGAAAAUCUCAAAGCCCACUUCCAGUGACACACUUCCUCCAAUAAGGCCACACCUCCCAAUCCUUUCAAACACAGUAACCCCCUAAACCCUCAAAUCUAUGAGCCUAUGGGGGCCAUUUUUAUUCAAACCUCCCUCAGGGCUCCUUUCCCAAUUGCUUUCUGCUCUCAGCUCCUUUUCACAGCCUGUGAUUUCUCACCUUUGCACCCUGCACAGAAUCCCUAGAGACCCCCUACUAGGAAGGAACAAUCUCUUACUUGUCUCUACCAUGGGUACUUUAUUCUGCACUAAGGUGGGUGAACCAGGGAACCAAGCAAAAGGGUAAGGGAUGUAGCUGGAAACCAAGGAAAUUGGCUACUGAAGGGACUGUCACUUCUAACUUGAAGCUAAAAAUUUAAGUUGUGUACGAUAUGGCCAGAAAGCCAGGGAUGGCCUGAUUGGAAUGUCUCUCUUGUUUUUGAAAGACAUCCAAGCCGCAUUUGGGCCAGGAUGUCCUUUCCUAACUCACAUCUUGUCACUAGCUUUGACUCCCACUGUUGGGUGACCAAGACAGCCCAGUGCCUUGUCACGUUAGUAAAUAGUGACACCUGGUGGAUAGACACCUGAUGUACACUCUAGAAGACUUCAGACUGGCCCAGGUAUGAAUCUUGAAGACUGGGACUGAGAUAGGACCACGCUCUUCUCUGAAGGCACUUUCCUUUUAUUAUGGAAACUGAUCAUGUUACUAUAAUAAAGUAUAACAAGUGAGACUUGAA